AUGCCCAGCAAGGGAACGAAUGGGAGCUUCGAUCGAUUGCAGGAUGCAAUCAGUGGAUCAUCCAAGACGCCAUGGAGGAACAAUGUCAACGUCUACGGAGGUCAGGAUACAGGGAGCGAUGAGUACGAGCUGGGGAAUCCGCAGGAAGCCUUGCCCGCUCGAGGGAUCCGGGUGAAGACGACUGUGACUGUGACGGAACGGGUGGUGUGGCAGGAUAAUUUGUUCUGA